AUGCAUCCAAAGCCCAAACUUUUCCAUGGGAAGUUUAUACUUGUGAACAUUUUCCCGGGAAACAAACAUCCCCUUAGACCAUUCUCUUCAGACAACACUUCAUUACCAAUCGUUACCGAACUGAUAUCGAAACAACACUGGAAGAGCCUCAAAACCCAUCUCCAAAAAGCAAGCCCCAUCACACUUCUGCAACAACUGCUUGAUUCCAGGGUUGACCCGUGCCUCACACUAAGGUACUUUAAUUGGUCAGAGAAAGAGUUCAAUCUUUCCCAUUCAUUAGAACACAGUUGUAUGCUGAUACAUUCACUUGCAAAUGCUAAAAGGUAUCCGAAAAUGAGAUCUUUCUUGUAUAGCUUUGUGAAGAAUGAGAAGUCGAUUUCAGUUUCAUCUAUUUUUCAUGCUAUUUCAGUAUCUGGUGAUAGUUUUUGUGCUAGUUCAAUAAUUGCUGAUAUGUUGGUAUUGGCUUAUGUUAACAAUGUGAAAAGUCAUUUAGCAUUUGAAGCUUUUAAGAGAGCUGGUGACUAUGGCUUUAAGUUAACAGCUGUAUCUUGUAAUCCUCUGUUGAGUGCUUUGGUGAAGGAGGAUAAGAUUGAAGAUGUGGAGUAUAUGUAUAAAGAGAUGAUUAGAAGGAGAAUUGAAGUUAAUGCAAUAAGUUUUAAUACUGUGAUUAAUGGACUCUGUAAAGUUGGGAAAUUGAAUAAGGCUAGUGAUGUUAUUCAGGACAUGAAAGCAUGGGGGGUCUUGCCAGAUGUAAUUACCUAUAAUACUCUUAUCUCUGGUUAUUGUAAGAAAGGUAGGAUUGGGAAAAUGUAUAAAGCUGAUGCUAUUUUGAAGGAAAUGAUUGCAAAUGAAGUUAGACCUGAUGAGAUUACUUACAAUAUAUUGAUUGAUGGGUUCUGUAAGGACGAGAAUUUAAUGGCUGCUAUGAAGGUGUUUAGGGAAAUGGAAACCCAGGGUUUGAAACCUACUGUGGUUACAUAUAAUUCUUUGAUCAAUAAACUUGGGUUGGAAGGGAAGCUUGAUGAGGCUUCCGGCAUGCUGGAUGAAAUGGUAGGAUCCGGUUUGAAGCCGAAUGUUGUUACUUACAAUGUACUUAUAAAUGGGUACUGUAAGAAGGGUAGGAUGAAGGAAGCUACUGACUUGUUUGAUGAUGUUGUAAAACAAGGAAUCGCUCCUACUGUUGUAACAUAUAAUACCCUGAUAUAUGCCUAUUGUAAGGAUGGAAGAAUGGAAGAUGCGUUUUCCCUGCGUGAAUCUAUGGUAGAUAAAGGUACUUUCCCUGAUGUUACAACAUAUAACUGCUUGAUUUCUGGUUUAUGUGGAGAAGGAAACAUUACAGCUGUUAGAAAGCUCAUUAAUGAAAUGCUAAAUAAAGGCUUGAAAGUUAAUGUUGUAACUUAUAAUAUACUGGUAGAUGCGUUGUGCAAUGAUGGAGAGUCAAGAAAAGCUGCAAGACUCUUAGAUGAAAUGGUUAAGAUGGGUUUGCGACCGAAUCAAAUAACGUAUAAUACUUUGAUGGAUGGCUAUUGUAGGGAAGGAAACCUCAGGGCAGCAUUGAACGUUAGAACGCGAAUGGAGAAAGAAGGGAUGCUGGCUAAUGUUGUAACAUACAAUGUGCUAAUAAAAGGUUUAUGUAAGAAGGGAAAACUAGAAGAUGCAAAUGGACUUCUUAAUGAGAUGUUAGAGAAAGGUUUGAUCCCAAAUCGAACAACUUAUGAGAUAGUUAAAGUGGAAAUGGUGGACAAAGGCUUUAUUCCUGAUAUAGAAGGCCAUAUGUAUAACAUCUCAGGCAGCUAAUAGCCUUUCAGUAAUUGUUUUGUUGCAGUGUUUUAUCAUGUUUAUAAAAAGAUAGUUCCUGUUUAUCUUGUUUCCA